AGGUGGCUGUUGCAUAGCUUUGUCAUUUUUCCAAAACAGGUGAGUGUUUGCAUUUCCUUGUUCAGACAUGGAUGAGUGUAAUGCUGAUGGUGGUCAUAACUGUGACAGCGAUGCUACUUGUACCAACACUGCUGGAAGUUUUACCUGCGCCUGUAACACUGGGUACAGUGGAAAUGGUACUGUAUGUGAAGACGUGGAUGAGUGUAAUGCUAGUGGUGGUCAUAACUGUCACAGCGAUGCUACUUGUACCAACACUGCUGGAAGUUUUACCUGCGCCUGUAACACUGGGUACAGUGGAAAUGGUACUGUGUGUGAAGACGUGGAUGAGUGUAAUGCUAGUGGUGGUCAUAACUGUGACAGCAAUGCUACUUGUACCAACACUGCUGGAAGUUUUACCUGCGCCUGUAACACUGGGUACAGUGGAAAUGGUACUGUGUGUGAAGACGUGGAUGAGUGUAAUGCUGAUGGUGGUCAUAACUGUGACAGCAAUGCUACUUGUACCAACACUCCUGGAAGUUUUACCUGCGCCUGUAACACUGGGUACAGUGGAAAUGGUACUGUGUGUGAAGACGUGGAUGAGUGUAAUGCUAGUGGUGGGCAUAACUGUCACAGAGAUGCUACUUGUACCAACACUGCUGGAAGUUUUACCUGCGCCUGUAACACUGGGUACAGUGGAAAUGGUACUCUGUGUGAAGGUGAGUUGUAUGCUU